GUCCUCUGCUUUUCAUUUCUGCUUCAGGACAAACUCCAGCACGCGCUCCUUUAAACCGCUUUAAUAUGUAGCUGGGGAGUCUUUCAAUUCUUAUCCUUUUUUAUCCCUCUCGUUUCAGUCAACCAAACCUUCCUCUCUAAGCAAUUCCUUCCUGGAUUACUUGCACACUAAGCAAGAAAGACAUGCAUAUUGCAGACAUCAAUUAGUAAACUUAGAAUUACGAAAUCACCUGGCUCUUCCUGUAUAUAUAUCAAGAACAGAUCAAAGUCUGUUUACACAUCAGAAGUAGCCAUCCCUUUUUACUCUCGUUUAGCUUAUUAAUUACGUUACUCCUCUUCCUUCUUUUAUUUGUCGUCUUCUUUUUUUCUUUGGGUAUUUUUAUGCCAAAGGAGUUAGGUUCAACGUCAAGAUCAACAAGAGAUGGUAAAACCAUUGCCCAGUCCUUCGUUUCAUUUUUCGAAGGAUGGCUUGUGCGUCAAGAACACUACCUCGACGAACUAUUAUCCGUUCAACAACACUGCCACGAGUCCACAGAGGAAGAUUUAAAAGAACUCGUUUCAAGAAUUCUUUCUCAUUACGAACAAUACUACGAAGAAAAAUCAAGACUCGUUCAAGGAAACGUCUUUCUCGUCUUCUCCCCCCCGUGGUUCUCUUCUCUUGAGCAGAGCUUUUUUUGGAUUGCAGGUUUCAAACCUUCGCUAGCUUUCCGCGUACUUAGUAACUCCGUCAAUGAUUUAUCUGAGGAUCAGAAUUCAGAAGUGGGUAGGUUAGAGAAAGAGACGAAAGUGAAUGAAAGACUGUUGGCUGAUGAGUUCGCCAAAAUCCAAGAAAGUCUGGCGUCGCCACCUUUGCUGCAAGAAGCGAGGCUACAAGGGCGCGCGGGGGAGGAUGGAAGAGUGAGUGAUCGGUUAGCCGUUGGGUCCCUUAGAUCCAGGCUGGAAGCCGUAGUGGCAAAAGCGGAUUUGUUGAGGACUAAUACAGUGGUUAAAGUAAUGGAGAUAUUGAAUUCCGUGCAGAAGGUUAACUUUUUGACUGCAGUAACUCGACUUCAGCUAAGGAUUAGGAAUAUGGAGUAUUAGAGAUCUUUAGAGAGGAAAAUACAGUUUUUGUUGAGAUUAUCGGGUUCUUUUCUUUUAAAUCUUUUUUCUGUUAAUACAGUUAAUCUGUUAUCAGGUUUUCUUUC